UAUUUUUAGAUGUUUUUGCACUAUUUUUAAUCAGGUUAUAAUAGAUGUUGGCGCAUACAAACUAUCUUGUUUCUCAAUGUAGUUGUUUAGAUCUUUCAUUUUAAGUUUUUGUUUGUUGGUUUCAGCCUCCCUGAAUUCCUGUUGUCGCGUCUGUUUGUCAGGUCGCCUCUCGGCUUCCGUAGACGUCGCUCCAGUGUGUGGGGACAGACGAGCAUCUCCGAGCCUCCGGUCGAGUUCGAGCUGGAAACUAUGGAAGAGAUCAACAACGUCGAAGUGGUUCCGUGCACACAGUCCGACUACCUGAAGCCGUUCCGGGUCCAUUACAACCAGAAUGGCACAAAGAAGACCUGGGACUUCAUGAGAACCCAUGACAGUGUAUCAGUGCUGAUCUUCAACACCACCUCACAUUGUUUUGUCCUCGUCAAGCAGUUUCGUCCUGCUGUAUACAUGUGUGAAUGGGAGAAGGCCAAGAAGCAGCCAAACGAGAAGACUGAAGAGGGAGGGGCAGCCGAAGCUGCCGAGGCCGCCACCGCCGCCGAGUCUCAGGAGGGCGAGAGCUCCUCUCAGGGCCCCCCGUUCUCCGCAGGGGUCACCUAUGAACUCUGUGCUGGCCUGGUUGACAAACCCGGCCUCUCGCUAGAGGAGAUCGCCCGGCAGGAGGUGCUGGAGGAGUGUGGCUACGAUGUGCCGGCUUCCAAGCUGAAGAGGAUUACUUCUUACAGGUCAGGCGUGGGUGUAACAGGCUCCAAACAGACCAUGUUUUACGCCGAAGUCUCCGAUGACAACUGUGUGAGUGCCGGGGGCGGCGAGCCGCACGAGGGGGAGUUUAUCGAGGUGGUCAAGAUCCCGCUGCACGAGGCCAUGCUAUUCGCCUAUAACGAGCGGAUCCCCAAAACCAUGGGUGUUAUUUUUAGCUUCAUCUGGUUCCACAACAACAUGGCCCCAAAAUACAAGAUCUCCACCAACGUUUAACCAAUUGCUACCAUUCAUGUCUUUCAGCUGAAAUCAAAUCUGGUUCACACCCCACGCUCAGCCCUCUUCAUCCCAAAUUGCCUUUUUUGCCAUUUGGUACACAAUGAGCCCUUCCGUCUAGUACUUUUCUUAAUAUUUUACACAAAAACAAAUCAACUGUAAGCACUUUUUAUUAUUUUACUUGUAUUUAUCGUCCACUUCACUGCAUUUAACGUAAAACUUCAACUGCAUGAUCCUGGCCAUCAACCAUGUUUAGCUGGGAGAAAGACUUCUGUCUGGACCAUGAAAUGAUAUCAACAUCAAUCUUUUUCUCAGAAUUCUAGAUUUAUUUAUUGUGGAUGAACAGGAGGAGUGCCAUUUGUAAGAUUAAUAUUUAUCCAAUCAAAAAUGACCCGAUUAUGCACAGCUAGUACACACAACAUGGUUGCUGUUGGCGAGGUGACUCCAUGUCAACAGCGCAAAGCUUUCCAAGUGGGGAGAUCUUUGGAGGCCAGCACAUGACGUUUGGUUGAUCAUUCUGUAUGAAACUCCACUGUGAAUACGAGCUUUGACCUGAGUGGAGGAUGUCACUGUGAGUCGUCACGAGUGGGACUUCAUAAAGUGCCAUACUGAGAUUCCUAUUUAGGGUUACAACGGCAGACUUGACUCCACCAGAAGAUAGGGGCCAAAGCAAGUUGGUAAACCCAGAUGUACUGCUCAAGCUGUGUCCUCAUGGCACCCUCGCCACAAUAACAAGUGUAUGGAUAGCAAAAAAAAGUCAAAAAACACAACCUCUGCUGCUGACACAAGCUUUAAAAUUCAAGCCAAACACGUUUGUGUCAUUUACUGUUAUGUCAAUGAUGUUGGGAUGGAAAGUGUAAACAGUGGCUUCUGCUGAAUUGGAAAAUUAAUUGACGCAUGUAUUUAUGAAAAUAAUUUGUUAUAAUAGACCUGUCACGUUAAUUAAAUGCUGACUUUCAAAAAUAAAACAAAUUUAAAAUCUA